UCAGCAGUACGAUUAUUUAAAGGGAAAUAUUCAUAACACACAAUGAUAUCAAUGCUGCUACAUAAUGUCUUACUUCAACGACCCGAAAAAAGACAAAAUCAAAAGAACAUUGAAACAAGUUUUCAUCAACGAUGUGGACUUGUACUCUUCCAAGUGGAUUUCAAAGUUUCUGUCUGAACGUCUAAUCGGAGGGAAUUCGGAAACCAUCGAGGAUGAUGUUGAGAAAGAAGUUGAGGACAGAAAAGACGAGGAAAGAGAAAGAGGGAGCUCCUUCCUGAAUUCAUCCCCAGCGUUCCAUGUGGUGGGGACAGUCCAAGAAGAGAUAACGGAAACCACAUGGGUGAAAGAACAAUACUUUCAACUCAGCAGGGAACAACUUCUUCUCAAAUUGAUGAAGUGUGAUGUUAUCAUCUAUAAUGUCACCCAGCAUCCCAAACAAUUGGAAGAAGCCUCUUGGGCUCUUGGAGCGCUCCAUCACAGCAUGGCUGACUUUACCAAAACCAAGACAUACAUCCUCAUCUCCACUGUAAUGACCUGGGCCGAUAGCAAACCUGAUCGACAUGAUGAUGAGGACCUUCCUUUCACAGAUGCAAAUUUUAGGACAAGAAGAGCACAUCCGAACUUCAGAAAACAUAUUGACCUUGAGAAGAAGGUUGUGAAACUGGGCAAAACUAACAAAACCAUGUUCCCAACAUAUGUUGUGGUGUCUGGUCUUCAAUAUGGGAUGGGAGAGCAGAUCUUCCAUAUCUUCUUCAAGAUGUCUUGGUUGGGACUGGAAAGUGAAAUUCCUGUCUACGGCGAUGGCAGCAACUUCGUCCCCACGAUCCAUGUCAACGCUCUGGCCAGCAUCAUCCAUAACCUGAUUGAUUGUCCACCUCAACCGUAUUACCUGAUCGCUGUGGACACGGCAAACAACAACAUGGAAGAGAUUGUGAAGGCGGUUGCAUCUGUACUUGGACCUGGGAAGAUUACUCAGAGGCCAUUUGAGGACAUUUACCUGGACCAAGACUUGAGUAUGAUGGAAAUUGACUCUCUUCGCGUCAAUCUUCAUAUGGAGGCGGUUUGUCUCAGGGAAUGGUUCACCAGUGUUCAAUGGGUGUGUGAGUCUGGUCUGGUGGAGAACAUGGAGUUCGUGGUUGAGGAGUAUCGCCAGACCCGAGGAUUGUUGCCCAUCCGCCUGUGUGUCAUCGGACCUCCUGCCGUAGGAAAGACCACUGUCUCCAAAAAGAUCUGUGAGCACUACAGAUUGCAUCACAUCACUGUGACGGAAACCAUCUCAGAAGCUCUAGCACAACUGGAGGACGCCACGCAGAAUGAAGACUCCGACGAAGAGAGUGAGGAUGCUGCUAUGGAAGAGAGGAAGCUGCUCAAGGAAGAUAUGGCACAGAAUGGAGGCUAUUUGAGUGAGCAUCUUUUAGUUAAACUGAUGAAGAACAAGCUGCUCUCCAAUCCGUGCAAAAAUCAGGGCUUUGUCCUCGAUGGCUUCCCAAUGACGUUCCCACAAGCCCGCGAGACUUUCUUUGCUGAGGACCAUGAGUCAGAAGAUGAAGCGACUCAUAUUUUCUCGCCCAGCAAAAAUAUAAUGCCAGAAUUCGUGUUGUACUUGGAGGCCUCCGACACAUUUCUGAGGGAUCGAGUGAUAAACCUUUCAGAGAAACUGGCACAAGAACACAACUACCAGGAAGAGUGCUUUCUCCAGAGCCUUGCCAAAUACAGGCAGAAGAACAUGGAAGACGAGACCGUUGUCAAUUACUUCGAUGAGUUGGAAAUCCCCACUCAAUACUUAACAAUUAGCUGUGAAACUGACGACCGCUUCCUCAUCCAGAAGAUCUUCGAUACGGUGGGAGUUCCCAGAAAUUAUGGGCGGGGCACACAGGAAGUGCAGGUGCAGGAGAGGAGGCAAUGUGCAGACCGGAUGAGGAGAGAGCACCAGCAGAGAGAAGACGAAGAGAUGAAGGAGAUUGAAGAGGCCAGGCAGAGGACUGCACGGUGGGAGAAGUGGACUGCAGCUUUAAGAGAGGUGAAGGACCAGGAGGAGGAGCUGCUGGAGGCCCACUCCGUCCCUCUGAGGAACUACUUGAUGAAGCAUGUGAUGCCACCGCUCACUGUGGGACUGAUAGAAUGUUGUUCCAAUCAACCACAGGAUCCUGUGGACUUUCUGGCGGAGUAUUUGAUAAAGAACAACCCAGUCACAUACUGAGCUACAAGUUGGCUUCGGAUGACUGUGGUGACCACUGUGCAAAAAGGUCUUGAUGGCGGGAUUGAUUCACAAGCCAGCAGUUUUUCUAAUAGUGGAACAACAUGUGCAAGAGAAUGACUCUCAGCUGGCUUGUCAGCCACUCUCACUUGUGGUGAAUCUGGACUCUGUGCAGACUGAACUUGGCUGCAACACUGACUGUGUCUGAACCCGCUGUCUGCAUUGUACCACGCUACAAAACAUGCCAGAGUGAGGGAAAUAUUGAAGAUCAAGAAGUUAAAGGGCAUCACUUGGGACGAAGAUAUACAAAAACCAUGAAUCUGAAACUUAAAAAAAACAUACAAACUGGACUGUUUUUCCACAGAUAAAAAUAUAAAGCAUAGCAUGCAGAAAGAUAAUACAAAAAUAAAUCGUCAUUGAAGGAGAAAACGUUUUUGGAUAAAAGCAAAAUGCAAUGUUACGAUGAAAUAAAGAGACCGUUUUUUUUUUCAUUCCAUCAUUUUAUUGUUUUCUCCCUAAUCACUUUUUUAUUCAUUGGCCAGGUAAAGAAGUCUCGUGAGACGGCUCACAAGAACCUGAAAGAAGAUUUAAAAAAAAAUAUGAGCUACAAAAAUUUGGCGUGAAUUAAGAAAAAAAGGGAAGAAAAUAGGUCAUAAAAUAAAAUUUAUACAUGGGUCACAUGAAGAAUAAGUAGUGUCUUUUUUGUACACAUCUG